AUGAGGGAAGCCGUGUCACCGGAGAAGCGCGUGGCGGUGACCAUUUGGUUUUUAGCAACGGGAUCCUGUUACCGGGUGGUAAGUGACCAGUUUGGUUUGGGGGCAUCCACGGUUGCAACCUCAGUUUUGGCCGUCUGCGCAGCAAUGGAAGCAGAACUUCUGUCAAAGACCGUGUGCCUUGGAUCGGAGUUCGGCAAGAUAAUGGAUGGAUUUGCAGCCAUGGGAUUCCCGCACUGCAUAGGGGCAAUUGACGGAACACACAUUCCAAUUAGUGCUCCUGGUGGAAGCCCCGAGCAGUACGGCAACAGGAAAAAUUUUUCAUCAAUGCUGCUGCAGGGAACAGUGGACCAUACUGGGAGAUUCUUGGAUGUUGAAAUCGGUUGGAGCGGCAAGAACCACGAUGCUUUUGUUUUCAAAAAUUCAUGCAUUUGUGCGGCCAUGGACAAUGGCAGUUUCGUCCCAGGGAACCCAACCUUGAACAUUAAUGGGGUUUCUGUGCCACCGCUUAUUCUCUCAGACGGAGCCUACCCCAUGCGCCCCUGGCUGAUGAAGCCUUAUGGGAAGCUGGCUGUGUCCAGCCGAGAGCAGAAUUUUGAUCGCUGCCUCUCUAGAUGCAGAAAUCAGGUCGAGAAAAGUUUCGGUCGAUUGAAGGGUCGCUGGCAGUGUCUUCUUCAAAGACUGAAGGCCAGGGAGGAGAACCUGGUAUCCAUCAUAACUGCUUGUGUGAUACUUCACAAUAUUUGUGAGGAGCGUGGGCAGCAUUGCCUUGGGGAACUGCGAGAUCCAUUGCCCGUCCUUUUGCAUGACGAGGGGGUAGAGGUUCAGGGCAACAGCAAGACUUUGCUUGAAGGGGGAAAGAAGGUUAGAGAUGCGCUGGCAGCAUUCAUGGAGUUGCAGACGAGGCCCCAGUAG